AUGGAGGCGCGCCUUCUUUGGAUUCGGCAGGCGCAAUCUGCAACCUACCAUCGGGAAUUAACUACCUUCGCUCAGGAGCUCCCUCUCGCUAAAGGCAGUAAACUUAUCCCACUUAAUCCUUUUGUAGAUCCGCUUGGCCUGUUGAGAGUAGGAGGAAGACUUAAGAACAGCUUCCUGUCCACGGACGAGCAGCACCCGAUCAUCCUACCAGAGACAUCGCACUUCACUCGACUUGUCGUCCUGUCCUGCCACCGUCGCUCCCUCCAUGGUGGCGUUCAACUCACGCUCGGGAUGGUUCGGCAGCAUUACUGGAUACCACAGGGCCGCGCGCUGAUGAAGCGGGUCCUCCGCCAGUGCGUGACGUGCGUCCGUUGGCGGGCGGCGACUCCUCAGCAACUGAUGGGCGACCUCCCGCCGGAACGAGUUACUCCCAGCCAACCCUUCCUCAAUAUGGGGGUCGAUUACGCCGGACCCGUGCAGCUCAGGACCACCCAAGGACACCGAGCAUACAAGGCAUUCAUCGCCGUCUUUGUAUGCCUCAGCACUAGGGCCGUCCAUCUAGAAGUCGCGUUCGAUUACACGGCCGAAGCAUUUCUAGCAGCGUUGCAGCGAUUUACGUCCCGCCGAGGGCUAUGCCACACCCUGUGGAGCGACUGCGGGACCAACUUCGUGGGAGCGGAUGCUCAGCUGAGGCAACUCUUCUCAGCUAGUAGUCCGAACCAGCGGAGAGUCGGCGAGCAGCUCGCCAGCGAGGGAAUCCGAUGGCGCUUCAGCCCACCGUCCGCUCCGCACUUCGGGGGAAUCUGGGAAGCCGCCGUCAAGUCCCUGAAGCACCAUUUGCGCCGGACUAUAGGAGAUGCCACGCUAACGUUCGAGGAGAUGACCACCCUCCUCACGCAGGUAGAAGCGUGCCUCAAUUCUCGUCCCCUCCAGGCUCUAACAGACGACGCCGAGGAUCUUUCCGCCUUGACGCCCGGGCACUUCCUCAUAGGCUCCGCCCUCACUGCUGUGCCCGAACCUACACAAUCGGAUUCCCCGCCGAGCCAUCUGAGCCAUCUGGCAGAUGUUGCAGCGGAUGCGGGACCACUUCUGGGAACGUUGGUCACGAGAGUACUUCCACACUCUUCAUCACAGGCCGAAAUGGCAGGAGGCAAGCUUCGAGAUCGGGCGAUUGUGCCUCGUACGGAACGAGAACACGCCGCCAACCCGAUGGCCGCUAGCGCGAAUCGUGAACACACACCCCGGAGAAGACAGACAGAUGCGCGUCGUCACCGUCCGAACAGCGAGCUCACAAUUAAAGCGGCCGAUUACGAAGCUCGUCCUCUUGCCAGUUUGCGUGGCUAA